CUAGCUGGCUGCGUUUCCUCUCUUCUUUGGUUUCUGUCUCGGGAUCAAGACAAGAACCGGAUGUUGUUAUGCGCUCCACACAACACACACACAGACUCACAGACACACACACAAACAUAUGAGAACCAGCACCGCUCCCCGACGUAACGUAGAUAUUUGAUAUUCUUCCUUCCUCCCUGUUGUGUUGUUUUGUGUGUCCGUCUUUUAGGGUUUGGUUCAUUAGUAAUGGCUUCGAUUGAGUCUCUGCGGCCUGCUGUUCAUCGGAAAAUUUACUCGAAUUCCCGCUCUAAUCUCCACUACUCCCGCGGGUCGAGCUUGUUCUGGCGCCAAUCCAGAGUCUUUCAUCCGAAUUGGAACCGGGUCGCUAUGAGCAGUACCAGUUCACUCCCCGUGAGGUUGAUUGGUUCUAAGGAGCCCAGCAGCUCGAGGAGGUUCAACCUCUGGGGAGGCUUCCUUCAGAAUCACGGCCUCAGGGAUAGCAAGAUUCUUGCCAACUCUCAGGACGGCGAUUCCCCGGCCAGCCCCACCCCCACCCCCACCGAGAAGAGCGAAGCUAAGUCUGGUGAGACUCAGGGCGUUAAUGUGAACCAGAGCUCCCCAACUUCGGGGUCCAAUAGGCGCAGGGAGAAGCAAGGCAAGCGGAGUUGGCUCUGGCCCAAAGGCGGCAAGUGGCAUUGGCAGCCCAUAAUUCAAGCUCAGGAGAUUGGUAUCUUGCUAUUGCAGCUGGGGAUUGUUAUGUUUGUCAUGCGAUUGCUCCGCCCUGGAAUUCCCUUGCCCGGCUCCGACCCCAAAGCUCCAGUCACUUACAUUAGCGUGCCGUACAGCGACUUCCUCAGUAAGAUCAACAGUAAUCAGGUGAAGAAAGUCGAGGUUGAUGGGGUCCAUAUCAUGUUUAAGUUAAAAUCCAAGCCGGGCAAAGGGGUAAGCCAGGCGGGGAGUCCGAGCAGCCCGUUGCAGGAUUCAGAGUCCUUGAUGAGGAGCGUCCCGACUAAGAGAAUCAUUUACACGACCACAAGGCCAAACGACAUCAAAACCCCUUACGAGAAGAUGCUUGAGAACCAGGUGGAGUUUGGCUCACCAGACAAGCGAUCGGGAGGAUUCUUGAAUUCUGCUUUGAUCGCUAUGUUCUAUGUAACCGUGCUUGCAGGGCUUUUACAUCGAUUCCCUGUAAGCUUCUCCCAGCACACAGCUGGUCAGCUUAGGAAUCGGAAGUCGGCAGGUGCUGGUGGGGCCAAAGCUUCUGAUCACGGGGAAACAAUAACAUUCGCUGAUGUUGCAGGUGUUGAUGAAGCUAAAGAGGAGCUAGAGGAAAUUGUGGAAUUCCUAAGAAGCCCAGACAGGUAUGUACGUCUUGGAGCCCGGCCUCCACGAGGUGUUCUUCUGGUAGGUCUUCCUGGGACAGGCAAGACGCUUCUAGCUAAAGCUGUAGCAGGGGAGGCUGAAGUUCCAUUCAUAAGCUGUUCGGCCAGUGAGUUUGUAGAAUUAUAUGUUGGUAUGGGUGCCUCACGAGUGAGAGAUCUUUUCGCAAGGGCAAAGAAGGAGGCUCCAUCUAUUAUAUUUAUUGAUGAGAUAGAUGCUGUAGCAAAAGGUCGAGAUGGUAAAUUUCGCAUAGUCAGCAAUGAUGAGCGAGAGCAGACCUUGAACCAACUUCUAACUGAGAUGGAUGGAUUUGAUAGCAGCUCCGCUGUUAUUGUCCUUGGUGCUACUAAUCGCUCUGACGUCCUUGAUCCUGCUCUUCGCAGGCCAGGAAGAUUUGAUCGUAUAGUUACGGUGGAAGCACCUGACAGGACUGGAAGAGAGGCCAUCCUGAAAGUACAUGUUACGAAGAAAGAACUCCCACUUGCAGAGGACGUUGAGCUAAGUGACAUUGCUUCAAUGACUACCGGUUUCACAGGGGCAGACCUUGCCAACUUGGUAAAUGAAGCAGCCUUGCUGGCUGGAAGACAGAACAAACUUGUCGUCGAGAAGAUUGAUUUCAUUCAGGCUGUAGAACGCUCAAUUGCUGGCAUAGAGAAGAAAACUGCAAAACUGAAGGGAAGUGAGAGAGCUGUGGUUGCACGCCAUGAAGCUGGCCAUGCUGUGGUAGGUACUGCUGUUGCACAUCUUCUUCCAGGACAGCCAAGAGUUGAGAAGUUGAGCAUAUUACCAAGAUCAGGAGGGGCACUAGGAUAUACGUAUAUACCCCCAACAAGUGAAGAUCGGUAUCUUCUCUUUGUGGACGAGUUACGCGGUCGCCUAGUCACUCUUCUCGGCGGACGGGCAGCAGAAGAAGUAAUUUAUUCUGGUCGUGUAUCAACGGGUGCCCUCGAUGACAUUCGAAGAGCAACUGAUAUGGCAUACAAGGCGAUAGCUGAAUAUGGCCUCAGUCAGACUAUUGGCCCCCUGUCUUUAGCGACACUUUCUGGUGGCGGCAUGGAUGACUCUGGGGGCCUUCCCUGGGGAAGAGAUCAGGGGCAUCUUGUCGAUCUUGUCCAACGAGAGGUAAAAGCAUUGCUGCAAUCAGCCCUGGAUGUGGCACUCUCUGUUAUCCGUGCCAACCCUGAUGUUUUGGAGGGACUUGGUGCCCAGUUAGAAGAAAAGGAAAAGGUGGAAGGAGAAGAGCUGCAACGAUGGUUAAACUCAGUUGUUGCACCCUCGGAGCUUCAAUUUUUCAUCAGAGGCUCACAAGAGACCCUUCUGCCUCUGCAGACAGCAAUGGAGAUAUCCCAGUGAUAUUGGCAAUCAAAACAGCCUGAGAGUUCUAUAUAUUUUGAGGAGGAAGUUUUGGGCUCCAGUAUGACAUUGACCAGCUUGUUCUUUGAUUAACGACCUACCAACAUGUAACCUGGAGUGGCUCUUAAGGGAUCGAAGAACGAAGUCAUAUUUUCUCCAUGCUGGUCAGUUUCCAAAGCCUUGUUAUCGUGAGAUAGUGGUUUGGUACUUGCUGGUCAGUUCCCAAUAUACGGUGUACAUUUUGGUCAUUAAUUGUACAACUCAAAAGUUGCAACAAUUGUAAUUGUUUCUCAUCAUGGGUACAUUACUGUCUUUGAGGUUAACAGCAUGCCACACAAGUACAUAUUGAAUGCAGAUGGCGUGUACAUAUUGUACCAGUCCAUAGUUUCUACAUUAAUCUUACAUCUUGUUUGUGUUUC